CAUAACCGCGGACUUGCGCGUGGAACAAAAUUGUGUUUGUUAUUAAAUAAUUAAAUAAUUGUAAUUUAUAGUUGUUAAGAGAGCGCGAAGACAAUGCCCGCGGUGGAGAAAUGCGUCAUCACCGACUGGAAGCGCCUCUGGCAGAUGGUCUCCGGAAUCCACUAUGAGACGCCUCAGGAAACGGUGCGCGAGGAACUGAUGAACGUGGCCACCGAACUACAGGCCGGUGUGCUCCAGUUCAAGCCCAAAAGUGCCUCCAACAUUCAGCUGGGCACGCUGCUCAAGGAAAAGAAGCAGGAGAAGCUGCUGCCCUUCACCGAGCGACUGCAAGAUCUUCUGGACUUGGAAUCCGCACAGUGCUGGGAGAUCCUGUGCUACUACCUCACGCAGGAGUACCGCGGCUCGGCCAGCCUCCUUACCCAACUCAUUUCCACCGAAACGAACAUGGCCAAGCUGCACGAGGACAUCCGGCACUACUACUCCUUGGAGCGCAUGAUAGUGCUGAAGAUUGUCAAGAACCUGAUUGUGUUCCACCGGGUACCGAAUCACCCCUACCACCAAGAGUAUCGCGCCGUGGUAGAAAAGAUAACCCUAUCCCGUCUGAGGGAUUCCUAUUUGGAACAGUUGGAAACCCUGAUCAGCGAACUCCCACCUAGGAAACUGAUGGCGGGCGAGUGCUUCCAUUCCGCGGAGCGAUUGAUUGCCUGGUCGGAGAGAAACGCCCGCGAGACCAACGAAGUGCUGCAAAUUCUUCUCCUGCUGGCGGAGCACCUGCCCAUGGGAUUGGAGCAAAUCAAGAGGAUAUUCGCCGCUUGCAAGCAACACUCUUUCGGAAAGAUACAAAAUUACCUGGACGACAGCCAAGCCUAUCACCAGGAGCUGAUCCGCAGCCUCACGUACUCGGAGCUAAUGCUCAUUCUAAAGUGUCUCGAUUUUGAGAACCCGCAGGAAAACUCAAAUUUGAUUGAAAAGCUGAUUGAGGACUUGCAGGUGGACAUUGCCAGCAUGCACCAUCGACCGGAGCAUGGCCCACUACUUCUGGUGUGGAUGUUACUCCGCCUGCGUGGCACCAACGAUGCCGACGACGCCUCCAGUUUGCUUCGGUGCCGGCAGUUGGGCAAGCGGGCCGUGGAUCUAAAAUGUUUUGUCCAACUACACCUAGUAGCAAGGCAUUCCAUGUACGCCGAUGAUUCGAUGCUAUCGCGGAUUGUACGCAAGACCAUUUACAACCAAGUGGGAUACAUGUGCAACCUAUUUGAUGGCGAUGGCAGCUGCGCCCGGUAUGAGGGCAUUUACGAACUGCUCUGCGAACUGGUGUCCUGGCCUCACUUAGCUAAAGAUUUUUGUAGUCGGGAAGAUGAUGGUCCGCGGUCACUAUAUAAAACUCUUCUGGAAAACUUCCCGCUGGAAUUUACACAUCUGUCCAAGCUGGCACAAUCGCUAACUAAAGGUGGACAAGGCAACUAUGUAAAGAGUCAGUUAGAAUCCCUGCCCAUAUUGGCUCUCCUUUACGAUGAAAAUCAGCACAAACUCAGAGAGGUAGACACGGAUGAAUUUGAGCUCGUAGCCAGUGUGCGUCCCUUUCCCCGGAUCGACUAUACCAUACCGGCUGGAACCAGUUGUACCGCCAUUCAACAUCCCUCCGGCUGCUUUAUGCACUUUCGCACACAAGUGAACUUCUUCGACGCCCUACACCACGAGAUUAACUGUCUCCUACGAGAAACGGGCGCCCUGCAUGGCGAUUUUGAAUCCAGCGACCGUAUCCGUCAUGUAGAAGCUGGCUUGAGAUUUCUGGAGAGCGCUAUCCAGCUCAGUCAAUCGGUUUCCGGCAUCAGUGCCGAGAUGGUGCAUCCCACCGAGAUGUGUGUCGAUCUGCUGCACAAGUUCAAGAGCGUCCAGUGCCCACCUGUUGGACUCCUGUCCAGUUGUCUUAAUGUGUGCACUGCCCUGCUGCCACUGGUGGACGAAGAGAUAUUUUCUCGAAUUAGCAACCUACAAAUCCUGCCCACCGUAAGCCAGGGAUCCCAGUCUGAUUUCAGGAUGUAUGCCAAUGCCAGUCAAGUGGGCUUUGAGUCCCGCUUUCUCGGCUCAGUCAUUGAUAAUGUGGAGAAGAAGAGCGAGCGCUACGAAUUCCUGCUUUCUUACCUCGGAUUCCUGCGCACCUACACUAAGCUAAAACGGCAUCGUCACAUCCAGGUGGAGAUUCCUGGUUUGAUAUUCCUGCUGAGGGAUGUUUUUCCGCACUUGCACACCUGGCACUUCCGCUCUCAGUUGGAAAGGAACAAAAUAUACUUCGAGGUUCUGAGCUUUAUAUGCGACAUACUGGACUUGUUUAACACCAGCAGUGGAUCCAAGUGCGACCAGCGAGAACUUUUGGUGAAGGUGUGCGUCUAUUCGCUUCUGAAUUUGGAUAAUGGUCUGAUCCUUUUAAGAUUUGUGGGUGUGGGCAAUGCCUACGUGCAGUACACCAUGGAGUUGGAGACUAAUUGGAUGCAACAGCAGCCGCACGGCUUGAUGAUGCUGGUACGUCUUUCCAUGCGCAUCCUUAUGCAGCUGCUUCGGCUAAAGGACAAGGUAUAUGGAAACAGUGAAACCCUAUCUCCCCUGGAAGCGCUAAUAUACACACAACCCAAGCAACGGGACACUCUGCGGAUCAUUCCCACAGUAUGCAGCUAUAUGAGCAACAUAUUUGAUAGAUGGCUUCCGAUCCUGUCUUGUCGCCUUCUGAAGAGAAUCGCACUUGAGUUCAACAUGUCUCUUUUGGCCUGUUUGGACAUGGAGGCAGAUCAAAUCCGAUUGACCUUUAUGCAAAAGUUGCCUGAUGAGUUGGAGAGCGAUUCUAUCAAGCUAGCUAUACUGGAGCUGGUAGAUGCUUGCAUUGCCAAGCAACCGGGCGUAACCGAGGCUUUCUUCAAGGUAAACUACGCCCAAGACAAACGCUCCCGCUCCUUCUUCGGCAAGGAAUGUGUUCCUAAUAUUGGAGAGAGCAUCGUCACUUAUAUGCGAGAGUUUCUGGAUGUCCUUCAAGUGGAGCCUUUGACCAUUCAGCAGGCACUUCCUGGCAAAAUCAUGAACAUCUUCCACUCGCUCUGGAAGCACAAUCUUCAGAUGCUAGUAGACGAACUGCUGAAAGACAAGCUGUUUUGGGAGAAGCUCUGCGCACCGCUCUUUUCCGAGCUUCAGACGAAUGUUAGGAUCUACACACAACUCCUAAAUAUCAUAUCCAUAGAAGUUUACACGGGGAAUGGAAGCAAUACCGCCCUUCUGGAUGUGAUGAACAAGUUCUUUGAGCCGAAGCAUUUCAAGCCCUGGCUAAAUUACGUAUUCAACAUGCCCAUGGUUCCUGCUCAAAAUGAUUUAACUUCCUCGGACGAGCUGCCCGACUGGAUCUGCUGCCUCCAGGCUUUUAAGGAUCUGAUCGUCAUUCUGCUUAAAAAGCAGCCCAAGUUUAUGACUAUACCCGAGGCUCAGUUCAAACUGAUGGCCCAAAAGUGUCUUAAAGUCUUGGUGGAUCGCUCUCACUAUCUGGAGGACAUGCGUCCGUUUAUCAUCCUGGCUGAACUGUAUGUGUUUCUUCUGCUCCAAUUCAAGCACUCGUACACAAACAGCGCGGAUGAAGAGCAGGAACUGAUGGAACUGCUUCUGCAGCUAAUGAGUCGGAUUUGCUCUUGCUAUGAAGAUCAGCAUGUAAGGGCCAAAGAGGCCUGCUUGGCCAUUGUGACCAAGUGCACACAUCUUUACACCGACUUACUCAUCCGGGACUCGUCAAUCGCCCUGCGUUUUCUCAACUCCGUCGUAGGCAUUAUCUGCAGUGAGCUGCAGCACAUGGAGAACUCGGUGAGCCUGGAAAAAUCACAAUGCCUGAAUAUUUCGGACAGUUCAGACAGCAAGGCUUCAACCAACUCACUGAUCCUGUGCCUCAAUCUUCUGAAGGCGGUGGCCACCAUAUUCCAUAAUGAUGGUCCCGGGAACUGGGAUCUGCCAUUUGUUUCGGUUCGGUUGUUCCAACGGCUCGUGCGCUGCGUCUCCAAAACGUUGCCUUUGUUUAGCAAACAAGUGCUUAGUGUCCAACUGCUGGAUGUGCUAAUUGUGUUCGCCAAGGGCCAUUGCUCUGUGGAGUUCCUGCACUGCGAUGUGGGAGAGUAUUUGUGGCUCAAUCUACUGCCACCGAGGGAACUUUUGCAGUCGAAGUAUGAGUUUACUAAGCCGUCGCCGGCGGAUUCAGAGCGCUGGACUGUGGAGCAGUGGUGGCCUGUUUACGCCAGGGGUAUCGAGUUCGUUACCAUCAUCUACGAAAAGCACAAGAAAUGUUUCCUGAAAGAGGCUUUCCAGUUUGUUGGCAUUCAUGCGGUCUAUCUUGAGGAUGCCUUGCUGCUGAGCAAGCAAUCUCUGGAACCAGCAGCCAUGCAGUUGAUAAAGGCAGCUGUUUCAAUGGUGGCCAGCCUGACGGAGCACCACAAAGAGUGGAAGCAGGAUAACGAUUUGUCGCUUGUCAAUAUAAUGCGUGCAGUUCAAGGAUUAUUGUGCCACAGUUCAUCUUUGUUCCAUCAGCAAAGAAAUUUAAAGUGCCUCCUGGCUGGUAGACGAUCGCAACUGGAAAUCCUGCGCAGCACCGAGGCUAUAAUAAUUGAUGACGAACUCAUCUCCGCCUGUAAUGACCUCACGGAUAUAAUUAUUUACUGUGUAAAGUCCUUGCUGAGAUUCAGUCCCGAUUUGAUGGAACUUCUUUGCUGCAGUGUAUAUGAGCCCUCCAAAUACUCAGCAUUGCUAGAUGUAAAGUUUGGGGCCCCUAAAUUGAACGAAGAAAAUCUUACGCUCACAUUUGGAAUUAUUCUCAACUUGGUUAACAUAUACGUGAAAGCUUUAAAUAUGCAAAACUAUGGCUUCAGUGAGGUACCCCUUAAUACACUGCCUAAUGUGGAGCAAUCCGGAGACAACGACGAUGCAGACAUCUGCGUGGGCAAUCAGACGAACCGCACCUUCUCCAAAUCCUUAUCCAGCGUCUCGAUUUCUUCCGUCAGUUGCCCAGCCAGUGAGCUGCUCUCCAACAUGGACGGACAGCUUUGUCUGCUGGCUUUGGAGCACCUGCUCAUGUUGGUGGCCUCGCAGGCUAUUUACAUAAUCCGGUCGCCGGAUCUGGAACCACGCUGGAAACAGAUUGUGCGCCGGGACAUUAGCAACGAGUUGGUGAUUUUUAAUGAGUUUGUGCGCCGCAAGGUGAUAUUGGAUUACAAGGAAAACAGGAGUCCGUGGCUGCGACGUAAGCAUGGACACUACAAGGUCAAGUUUGCUGAUCCGGCAAGGAGUUCGCCCAGUUCAUCACGCAGUUUAGAUAUUGUCCGUCGUAGCAACACAAACACAAAUGAGCUGAGGGUUAAUGUGGUUCGCAGACUACACCUGCAGCAACAGCAACGUACUCCACCGCCACAUAACUUUGACAUGUCAAGCGAACUGAGUCCCAUUGUAGCGAGCCAAGGUGCUACCAUGUCGUCGACGCUGGAGCACAAAGACAGCCGAAAGCGAUUAUAUCCCGCUCAGCAGGCUGGCGAUGCCUUCUUGGAGGACGAACUGGCCGCCAUCGACCUGCAGUUUUUUCCCCCGCCCUCGGAGCACGGUUAUUGUGAAUUGUCGCAGGUUCAGAUGGUGGAAGAGGACUACCUCCAGCUUAUGUCGGCCCUCUUUAAUGUGAUGCCCCAUUGCGACUGAGCUGUUUACCCAUUUGAUUGUUAAGAGGUUGGUGAAUUACUGAAUAAAGUUUGUACACUUAAAAUAA